CUUUUGGUUGAAAAACGUGCGAGUGUGGAGUCGAGAAUCGAGAACCUACGGUAUUUCAUUUCGCUGAAAAUAACGCCUUUAACUAGAUUCAAAUUACGUCAAAUAAAAUUAAAUUUGAGGAAUUUAAAUAUAUGGAUUGAAAAAACAACACCAUCAUCAUAGCCAAAGCAUCAUAUACAUGAACUAAAUCCGACAAGAUGACAUCUAUCAUCAAGCUAAUCCCAUUUUCUGGGGUUUUAGAUGAAUCUCCACCCUGCUACAUGCUUCAAGUAGAUGAGUUCAGGUUUCUACUUGAUUGUGGAUGGGAUGAACAUUUCACUAUGGAGAAUAUAGAAGGACUGAAAAAGCACAUUCAUCAGAUAGAUGCUGUUCUAUUGUCAUAUCCGGACAAUCUUCAUCUUGGAGCCUUGCCCUACUUGGUCGGCAAAUGCAAUCUGACCUGUCCUAUAUAUGCUACUAUUCCAGUCUACAAGAUGGGACAGAUGUUUAUGUAUGAUUUAUUUCAGUCUAAACACAACUAUGAAGAGUUUGAUUUGUUUGAUCUGGAUGAUGUUGAUGCUGCUUUUGAUAAGAUCAUUCAACUCAAGUACUCUCAAAGUAUCAGCCUAAAAGGUAAAGGUCAUGGUUUGACCAUCACACCUCUACCUGGAGGUCACAUGAUCGGAGGAACAAUCUGGAAGAUUGUGAAGGAUGGAGAGGAGGAGAUAAUCUAUGCUGUUGACUAUAAUCACAAGAAAGAGCGCCAUCUUAAUGGUGCAGUUCUGGAGAGUAUUAGUAGGCCAAGUCUCCUCAUCACAGACUGUUUCAAUGCGACGUAUGUUCAGGCAAGGCGAAGGGCCAGGGAUGAGAAACUGAUGGAUAUUAUAUUGAAUACAAUGAGGAAUGAAGGCAAUGUUCUGAUAUCAGUUGAUACCGCAGGAAGAGUUGUAGAACUCUCACUUCUUUUGGAUCAACUAUGGAGGAAUCAGGAUUCUGGAUUAGGAAACUACUCAUUGGCAAUGCUCAACAAUGUCAGUUACAAUGUUGUAGAAUUUGCAAAAUCACAGGUUGAAUGGAUGAGUGACAAGGUAAUGAGAGCAUUUGAAGACAGAAGAAAUAAUCCCUUCCAGUUCAAGCAUCUGAAGCUUUGUCACAACCUCAAGGAAUUAGCCAAAGUUCCUGAACCUAAGGUUGUGUUAGCCAGCGUUCCAGAUUUAGAGUGUGGCUAUUCAAGAGAGUUAUUCACUCAAUGGAGUAGUAAUGCUAAGAAUAGUGUCAUCCUAACCAACAGGACAUCACAUGGUACACUAGCUAGGAGGUUAAUCGAAACACCCAACCCAAAUCAACUCAAACUCAGGGUGAGCAGAAGAGUUAAGCUUGAGAAAGAAGAACUAGAAGAAUAUAGGAUUAAUGAAAAGGAGAAGGAAAGACAGAGGAAGGCAGACGAGGCUGCUCAGAGGCGAUUAGAAGGAGAUUCAAGUGAUGAGAGUGAAGAAGAGAUGGAGGUUGAUGAUAUGGGAAGAUCAAGGACCAAGCAUGAUCUUAUGAUGAAUACAGAUACUGGAAAGAAAGGAACAAGUUUCUUCAAGACACUGAAAAAGUCUUACCCCAUGUUUCCAUUCCAUGAAGAGCGGUUAAGAUGGGACGAUUAUGGCGAGAUCAUCAAGCCUGAAGACUACAUGAUCAAAGAGACCUUACAGACAGAAGAAGAGAAAGAAGUGAAGGAAGAUGAGGUUGAUGAUUUUGAUGAUGCAGCUGAAGGUGACAUACCAACAAAGUGUGUAGCAAGCCAGAUCAUUGUUGAUGUUAAAUGUUCGAUAACCUUCAUUGACUUUGAAGGUCGUUCAGAUGGAGAGUCAAUGAAGAAGCUUAUAACCCAAGUCAAGCCAAGACAACUGGUAUUAGUUCGAGGUCAGAUGAAUGCCACACAACAUCUUGCUGAGUACUGCCAUCUACAGCUUGCUGGAGUUAAGGUCUUUAUACCAAGAAUGAAUGAAAUAUGUGAUGCUACUAUGGAAAGUCAUAUUUAUCAGGUGAAACUGAAAGACAGUCUUGUGAGCUCUCUGCUCUUCUCCAAGACUCGGGAUACAGAGUUAUCUUGGAUUGAUGGUUGUCUAGAUCUACAAUCAGCUGGAGACAAGCUUGCGGGCAAGGCUAUCAAGGGAACAGAUACAUCUACCAAUGGAGAUGACAAGAAGAAAACUCCUGGACUUGGACUUGGAAAUGAAAGUGAUGAUUCAAGCGACGAUGAAGAUGAUAUCAUUCCAGUACUUGAUGCCGUCCAAACAAAUGAUGUAACACCCCACAGGCAGGUGUAUAUCAAUCCACCAAGGUUCCUAGACUUCAAGCAGGUGCUAGCUAAGAAUGGAAUCAGGGCUGAGUUUACUGGUGGUGUUCUUGUCUGUAAUAACACUGUUGCCAUCAAGAGGAAUGAAAAAGGCCAUCUGACCUUGGAAGGAGCUUUGUGUGAGGAUUACUACACCGUUAGAGAACUUUUGUAUGAGCAGUAUGCCAUUGUAUGAGGAAGGCCUUACAUGGUACAUUGAAGAACUUUCAAUCGUUACUUUUCCCAUGCUUCCAUUGGAUACAUUUUAGAAAGCCAAGCUAUGACAAGCCACAUAAUGUAUUGCACUUCUACCUCACAAGUUGGUUCCAACUGUGCAUUUCUGUCUUGCAUCUGUGUAUGGAGGAGUUGGCUUGUCAUGAGGGGAAGUCAAGCUUUGAACAAAGUACUGGACAGUGACCGGACAGUAUCAUCGCAAUAGUAUCAUUCACAACACAA